UGAAAUAUUCUCAGAAUUCUAUUUUCUUAUUAUUUUUUACUACAUGCAAAAGCGCGCUGAUGACAAAAAUUAUUUUAUCCCUUUAAUUAUGUGCAGUUCAUUGGGGCUAUAAAGAACAUGUCAGGGAUAAAAAUUAAAUGUCAAAAAGGUUCAGUGCCAGUAGAUGGAUGUUGCAUUGUUGUGGAAUAUUUACCUGGAGGUACUGUUAGAUCCUACCUUUCCAAAUACACAAUGAAGAAGAAGCUGCCCCUGGAUACUGUUAUCCAACUCGCAUUGGACGCUGCAAAAGGGUUGAGUUACAUUCAUUCUCAGAAGAUUGCUCAUAGAGAUGUGAAGACUGAGAACUUACUUAUGGACAAGACAGGAAGAGUGAAAAUAAUUGAUUUUGGACUCUCGACUGAGUUUUUUUCUCUUGGAUUGGAUUAUCCUCCUAUGAUGGUUGGAACAACUGGCACUAUCGGUUAUAUGGCUCCCGAGGUUUUGACCGAUCCAGCAUAUGAUCAUAAGUGUGAUGUCUACAGCUUUGGAAUUUGUUUGUGGGAAAUGUACACUUGUUUAGACCCAUACCCUGAACAGAUUCCUCGUAGUAAAACCUCACAUCAAAUUUACAAGAAUCGAAGGCCUGAGAUACCAACAUCUUGUCCAAAAGCAUUGUCAGAUAUAAUGAAGAAAUGUUGGGAUGUAAAGCCACAAAAGAGGCCAGAAAUGAAGGAAGUGGUGCACAUGUUAGAAACCAUUCAGACAACAAAAGAAAGACAACAAAAGCCCACGUUUUGCUUUGCCUAGAAAAACAUGAAUCAGAGGAGUUUACAA